UGCUGAUAAUAUUUACACACAAGGAUCAUUUGGGGUGUCUUUGUUUCUGACUUUGAAACACUGGUUAUUAACUGAGAAGCAAGUGAGAGGUAAUUGUUCUAGUUGUCAGCGUUUUGUAGUUACGAUAGCUCAUUUAAAAUUUAGAUAUUUGUCCACUGUUAACUUAAUAAUGUAUUUCUUAUUUUUCUUUUAAAAAAGCUCUUUGAAUCCAUUUAAUUGUAUAAUUUUAUCUUAGUGCCAGUAAUCCUAUGUCAUAAUUAUGACAUUAAUCCUAUUUCAUCUUCAUGAUUUAUCAAAUGUCAGCUUCAUGGCAGAAAUCCUAUGUCAAAUUUAUGACAUUAAUCCUAUUUCAUCUUCAUGAUUUAGCAUAGGUCAGCUUCAUGGCAGUAAUCCUAUGUCAUAUUUAUGACAUUAAUCCUAUUUCAUCUUCAUGAUUUAUCAUAAGUCAGCUUCAUGGCAGUAAUCCUAUGUCAUAUUUAUGACAUUAAUCCUAUUCAUCUUCAUGAUUUUGCAUAUGUCAGCUUCAUGGUAGUAAUCUUAUUUCAUAUUUAUUGACAUUAAUCCUAUUUCAUCUUCAUGAUUUAUCAUAGGUCAGCUUCAUGGCAGUAAUCCUAUGUCAUAUUUAUGACAUUAAUCCUAUUUCAUCUUCAUGAUUUAUCAUAUGUCAGCUUCAUGGCAUUAAUCUUAUUUCAUAUUUAUUGACAUUAAUCCUAUUUCAUCUUCAUGAUUUAUCAUAGGUCAGCUUCAUGGCAGUAAUCCUAUGUCAUAUUUAUGACAUUAAUCCUAUUUCAUCUUCAUGAUUUAUCAUAGGUCAGCUUCAUGGCAGUAGUUCUAUGUCAUAUUUAUGACAUUAAUCCUAUUUCAUCUUCAUGAUUUAUCAUAGGUCAGCUUCAUGGCAGUAAUCCUAUGUCAUAUUUAUGACAUUAAUCCUAUUUCAUCUUCAUGAUUUAUCAUAGGUCAGCUUCUUAGCAGUAACAACAUGUCAGUUUCAUGUCAGUUAUCAUAUAUCAUUUUCAUGGCAAUAAUCCUUCGUCAUCUCUCUGAAAUUAAUUAUAUGUCAUCUUUAUGACAGCAGUUCUAUGUCAUUUUCAUGGUAGUAAUUCUAUACCAUCUUUGUGACAGUAAUUUUAUGAAAUUUUUAGUCAGAAAUUAUUUGUUAUCUUCUUCUUCUAUAUCUUAAGGGCCCACGAUCAAUUUAUUGAUCAUUUUGGCUCCUAUGCAUGUAGAUGGAAUUUGCAAUGUUUCUGUUACUGGUGUUGAUGAGGAAAUCAUGCACUAGGGGUUUGAAGGCUGGAGGCAAUAGACACAAAUGUGUCUAGUGUUGUCGCCUCAACCGUUCCUUUUGAAAGAUGGUUCAUGACAGUAAUUCUAUAUCAUCCUCAUAGCAGCUAUUAGCUUUCCUUCUCGUUUAUUUACUUUGUUUGGAGCGAGCCAAUUAACAAAACUAUUUUUUAAAAGCCAUUGGGGAAUGAAUGCAAUGCCUACAUAAUAAUAUAUUCGGGCAUUAACAUUUUUUUCAUCAUCGUCAAAAUAGUCCAUGGAGGGAUCUAGUCCGUUUCACAAAAUCCACACGUCUCCAUAACAUCGUGUCUACCUCAUCCGUAUCUUAUUAAUAUGUUUGCAAAUAAUCCGCAGCUAGAUCAAUUUUUUUCUCAACAUCGUCCAUAUCUACCUGGUCCGUAUCUGCAUCAACCAUCUUUACAUAAUAUUUCAUCUCUACAACGUCCAUCUCUACAUCCUCCAGGUCGUAUCGCCAAUCUCCUCAUCAAGCACAUGCACAUCGUCCAUAUAGACAUCGUCCAUCUCUAAGUGAUCCAUCUCUACAUAGUCCAUCUCUAAAUAAUCCGUUUCUACAUCGUCCAUCUCUAAGUAAUCCGUCUCUACAUCGUACAUCUCUAAAUAAUCCUUCUCUACAUCGUCCAUCUCUAAAUAAUCAUUCUCUACAUCGUCCAUCUCUAAGUAAUCCGUCUCUACAUCGUCCAUCUCUAAAUAAUCCGUCUCUACAUCGUCCAUCUCUAAAUAAUCCUUCUCUACAUCGUCCAUCUCUAAGUAAUCCGUCUCUACAUCGUCCAUCUCUAAGUAAUCCGUCUCUACAUCGUCCAUCUCUAAAUAAUCCGUUUCUACAUCGUCCAUCUCUAAAUAAUCCGUCUCUACAUCGUCCAUCUCUAAAUAAUCCAUCUCUACAUCGUCCAUCUCUAAAUAAUCCAUCUCUACAUCGUCAAUCUCUAAAUAAUCCAUCUCCACAUCGUCCAUCUCUAAAUAAUCCGUCUCUACAUCGUCCAUCUCUAAGUGAUCCGUCUCUACAUCGUCCAUCUCUAAAUAAUCCGUCUCUACAUCGUCCAUCUCUAAAUAAUCCGUCUCUACAUCGUCCAUCUCUAAAUAAUCCGUCUCUACAUCGUCCAUCUCUAAAUAAUCCGUCUCUACAUCGUCCAUCUCUAAAUAAUCCGUCUCUACAUCGUCCAUCUCUAAGUAAUCCGUCUCUACAUCGUCCAUCUCUAAAUAAUCCGUCUCUACAUCGUCCAUCUCUAAAUAAUCCGUCUCUACAUCGUCCAUCUCUAAAUAAUCCGUCUCUACAUCGUCCAUCUCUAAAUAAUCCGUCUCUACAUCGUCCAUCUCUAAAUAAUCCGUCUCUACAUCGUCCAUCUCUAAGUAAUCCGUCUCUACAUCGUCCAUCUCUAAAUAAUCCGUCUCUACAUCGUCCAUCUCUAAAUAAUCUGUCUCUACAUCGUCCAUCUCUUAAUAAUCCGUUUCUACAUCUUCCAUCUCUAAAUAAUCCGUCUCUACAUCGUCCAUCUCUAAAUAAUCCGUUUCUACAUCGUCCAUCUCUAAAUAAUCCGUCUCUACAUCGUCCAUCUCUAAAUAAUCCGUCUCUACAUCGUCCAUCUCUAAGUGAUCCGUCUCUACAACGUCCAUCUCUAAAUAAUCCAUCUCUACAUCGUCCAUCUCUAAAUAAUCCGUCUCUACAUCGUCCAUCUCUAAAUAAUCCGUCUCUACAUCGUCCAUCUCUAAAUAAUCCGUCUCUACAUCGUCCAUCUCUAAAUAGUCCGUCUCUACAUCGUCCAUCUCUAAAUAAUCCUUCUCUACAUCGUCCAUCUCUAAUUAAUCCAUCUCUACAUCGUCCAUAUCUAAGUAAUCCAUCUCUACAUCGUCCAUCUCUAAAUAAUCCGUCUCUACAUCGUCCAUCUCUAAAUUGUCCAUUUCUGUAUCGUCGAUCUCAACAUCGUCCAUCUCCACAUAACACUUCUCUACAACAUCCGUAUCCAAAUCAACUUUCAACUGCGCCCGCCCCUACAUAAUCUAUACUUACGUCAUACGGAUUCACAUAAAUCGUCCAGACAUAAUCCGUCUCUACAUAGUGAGUCUCUAAAUCAUCCAUCUCUAUAUCAUCCAUUUCUACACCAUCCCUCUCCAUAUCAUCCAUUUCUACAUCAUCCAUCUCCAUAUCAUCCAUUUCUACACCAUUCAUCUUUAGAUCCAUUUCUACACCAAUCUUCUUUAUAUCAUCCAUUUCUACAAAAUUCAUCUUUAUAUCAACCAUUUUUACAUCAUCCAUCUCCAUAUCAUCAAUUUCUGCAUCAUCCAUCUCCAUAUCAUCCAUAUCUACACCAUUCAUCUUUAUAUCCAUUUCUACACCAUUCAUCUUUAUAUAAUCCAUUUCUACCCAAUUCGUCUUUAUAUCAACCAUUUUUACAUCAUCCAUCUCCAUAUCAUCAAUUUCUACACCAUUCAUCUUUAUAUCCAUUUCUACACCAUUCAUCUUUAUAUCAUCCAUUCCUACAUAAUUCAUCCUUAUUUCAUUCAUUUCUACAUCAUUCUUUUUUAUAUCAUCCAUUUCUACACCAUUCGUCUUUAUAUCAUCCAUUUCUAAUCCAUUCGUCUUUAUAUCAUCCAUUUUUACAUCAUUCGUCUUUAUAUCUUUCAUUUCUCCAUUAUUCGUCUUUAUAUAAUCUAUUUCUACACCAUUCGUCUUUAUAUCAUCCAUUUCUACAUCAUUCGUUUUUAUAUCCCCCAUUUCUACACCAUUCAUCUUUAUAUCAUCUAUUUGUACAUCAUUGGUCUUUAUAUCAUCCAUUUCUAGAAAAUUCGUCUUUAUAUCAUCCAUUUCUACUUCAUUCAUCUUUAUAUCAUCCAUUUCUACACCAUUCAUCUUUAUAUCAUCCAUUCCUACUUAAUUUGUCAUAUCAUUCAUAUCUACAUCAUUUGUCUUGAUAUAAUCCAUUUCUACACCAUUCAUCUUUAUAUCAUCCAUUUCUGCAUCAUUCUUCUUUAUUUUAUCCAUUUCUUCACCAUUCGUCUUUAUAUCAUCCAUUUCUACAUCAUUCAUCUUUAUAUAAUCCAUUUUUAAAUCAUUCAUCUUUAUAUCAUUCAUUUCUACAUCAUUCGUCUUUAUAUAAUGUAUUUCUACACCAUUCAUCGUUAUAUCAUCCAUUUCUAUAUCAUUCUUCUUUAUAUCAUCCAUUUCUACAAAAUUCGUCUUUAUAUCAUCCAUUUCUACACCAUUCGUCUUUAUAUUAUUCAUUUCUACACCAUUCGUCUUUAUAUCAUCCAUUUUUACAUCAUUCGUCUUUAUAUUAUCCUUUUUUACAUCAUUCGUCUUUAAAUCAUCCAUUUCUACACCAUUCAUCUUUAUAUCACCCAUUUCUACAAAAUUCGUCUUUAUAUCAUCCUUUUUUACAUCAUUCGUCUUUAAAUCAUCCAUUUCUACACCAUUCGUCUUUAUAUUAUCCUUUUUUACAUCAUUCGUCUUUAAAUCAUCCAUUUCUACAUCAUUCGUCUUUAUAUCAUGCACUUCUACACCAUUCGUCUUUAUAUCAUCAUUUUUACAUCAUUCUUCUUUAAAUCAUCCAUUUCUACAUCAUUCGUCUUUAUAUCAUCCAUUUUUACACCAUUCGUCUUUAUAUCAUCCAUUUUUACAUCAUUCGUCUUUAUAUAAUUCAUUUCUACAUCAUUCGUCUUUAAAAAAUCUGGCUUUCUGGAAAGUUUUCCUGUUCAACGCAUCAUGCCGUUUGUUAACACAUGCAAAUACGGUUGAAUCUUCUAACAACUGCUAACUUCCUUGAUCCGUGCAAACUAUUCACCAUGUAUUGGGAAAGGUAUCUUUUGACAAUUUUUCUCUCGCACGUUUUGAGAAGAAUUUUUUGUCGUUGUUUAUAUUCCACGCCUCACUUGGAAUACUGACGACUCAUUCUUAUGAUAGGGAUCAAUAUGGUUGAUUUUGCUUUCCUAGAGAUUUCUGCCUGGAGAAGGAAGCAUCGUACGCGUUUCCCCAUCACUUACCCUUUUCUUCACGUGUUUAGGAAGAUGCGUCAUCUCGUUCAUAUUUAACAAGUCCACUUUCUAUAACAUGAAUUUUUUCGACUGUUCCCUGUCCCAAAAGUUCAAGUUUGUUGUUUGAGAUUACAACUGUCAAUGCUGUUUACUGUCACAAAUGUGCGGUUUUGUUGUUUGAUACUACCAGUUUCAAGACUGUCUACUGUGACAAACGUGAGAUUUUGUUAUUUGAUAUUACCAGUUGCAAGAAUUUUUACUGUCACACACGUGCAGUUUUGUCGUUUGAUAAUGUUAGUUACGAGAUUGUUUACUGUCACAAAUGUUUGGCAUUUGUUAAUUUUAUAUCGCCCGUUGCAAGACUCAUUACCUUCUUCGCUUUAUUUACCCUUGAUUUUAACCGAGGCUACUUCGAGUCCAUUAAUAUUGUUGCUAUUUUGACCAAGCACAUCUAUGUCAAUUGCAUGUGCCAGGUUCUUAUCUUGUUGGUUUUGUUAGGUUCCUUUGGGUGGCGGUUCCAUAAAGUUUAUGUUGAAAUGGCUUGUGAUCAUCUACUGGUGGGGGUUCAGUUGUGAAGUGUAUCAUUGGCGUAUUUUUUUCUAAUGUGACGUUUCAUUCAACUACUGAAAUGGUCUUUAUGUUUACAAUAUUUCGAUGCAGUUGGCGCCAUUUAUAAUAUCUUCCCGAUUGAUUAAAAAUGGGUACUUCUGCAUCAAAAUUCAAUGUUCUUCUUAUUGGGAAAACCGGAAGUGGAAAGAGUUCUUCGGGAAAUUCCAUCGUUGGUGAAAAAGUGUUUGGAUCAUUCAGCGGAACUACGUCCAACACACGGCGGGUGAAAUCUUGCAACAAACAUAGAUGGGAAAAGGACAUAACUGUGGUUGAUACUCCAGGGCUUAUGGAGACUUCGAUGGACGAACUUGAACAAUGCUAUUUCGCGAGGAGGGUAAUGGAAGACGCGUUCAAAGCAACAGAAACAGGAUUUCAUGCAAUUUUAAUUGUAAUGAAUUAUAUUGAGAAUUAUUCCGACGAAGAGAAAAGAGUAAUAUCCAUGUUAACAGAGAUUUUUGGAAGAGCUUUUUUAAAUUUUACAGUUCUAAUAUUUACACAUGGCGACAAUUUUGACACAGCCAAAGGUGUUGGAGUAGACCCUGUAAAAAGUCAAGAACAGUUUUUGAAAUGGUGCGAAGAUUUAAGGGGUGAUCUUAAAACCUUACUUCAGCAGUGUAAAUCUAGAGCAGUUUUAUUUCAUAAUAACUCUGAUUACAAGGGAGACAGGGAUAUUGAAUUACAAGCUUUAUUUAAACAUGGCGAGUCUAUUAAAAGGUCAAAGAAGGAAUACACAAGAUGGUAUUUUGCUGACUCUCGAAGGACCAGAGAGCAAUUGGUGUUGACGACAUGUCUGGAAGCGCUGAAAACAAAAAUAAAUUCAGAGUUACAAACGCUUAAGCACGACUUUGAGCUGAUGAAAAACCAGCAGAAUUGUGUUUUAGAAAGAGCGAAUGAAGCAUUGGAGACACUCUCAAGUAACCGUGAACCAGCAUUUCCUAAUUCAGGUGAAGUUUAUGGAGCAGUCAACCAAUUAAAAGAGACAUUCAAGGAUGACCUUACCAACGGUGCCAAGUCAGAGAUUUUGAAACAGCUGCAGAUCAUCAUUGACUGUCCAAGCCUUCAUAAACUGAAGCUACUGAGUCAAGACAUUGAAACACUUCUGAGUCCGGAGAAACACAAAUUUCAGUUAAGGAGAAGAAUAAACGAACUUUUGCAGCACAUCAAAGAGGAAGCCCAUGGCACUGACAAGCUGGCAUUUGAGGAAGAUAGAGUGAAAUUCUUUCUAUCUGAGGUUGUGUCCUUCGACCUCAAGACUACGACAACCACCGAGAUAUGCAACUAAGUGAGUAACAAAUUACGUUAUAGGGUAGAGGGUCCACUAGAAAUGAAAGUGGCCACCUAGAAAUUAUAUCUGUUAAACAAACAUGAUAAAAAGUAAAAUAUAAAAUUUUAAAUAUAAACCCUUCUCUUAUUUUGGAAUUUUUAUCCUUUCCAGUGUGUCACAAGACUGAUAACGAACCCUGUCACUAGACUGAGCAUGAAUCAAGACUCAUUUGAUAACACGACGCUACGUUAAACAUUUCAAGAGCCCCUGUGUAUAGCUAGGAGAUGUCUCGUGCAGAUGACAAACUGUUUAAGAUCUUAAAGUUUACUGUCAUUUAGGAGACAUAUUUUACUUUUGUAUUUCCUGAGUAUUGUAAGUAAAAUAGAAAUGGAUUUGAUGGAUGUUACGUCGUGGUCAAAGUUAGUGUCUCAACCAUGUUUUCUGUGUAACGAUAUAGUAGAGUUUUAGAAUAAACCAUGUUUUCUGUGUAACGAUAUAGUAGAGCUUUAGAAUAAACUGCGUCAUGACAAUAGACACGUUUACAUCUAGACACGAACACAUCUGGACAACAAGACAUUUAUGCAUGAAGAAAUCUAGACAACAAGAUAUCUAGACUAGAAGACAUCUAGACAAAGGUAAUCUAGACAAAAAGAUAUCUAGAUUAUAAGUCACCUAGUCAAGAAGGCACCUAGACAAGAUGCCAUCUACACAAGAAGGCAUCUAAACAAUAAGGCAUCUAGACAAUAAGGCAUCUAGACAAUAAUACAUGGAUGCAAGAAGACAUCUAGACAAUCAGACAUGUAGAAAAGAAGACAAGAUAACAAUAUAUCUAGACAACAUACAUCUAGUCUAUAAGGAAUCUAGACAAGAAGACAUCUACUAAAGAAGAUAUAUAGACAAGAAGAUAUCUAGACAACAAGACAUUUAUACCAGAAGGCUUCUAGACAAUAAGACAUUUAAACGACAGGACUUGUAGACAAUAAGACAUCUAGACAAAAAGACGUCUAAUCACGAUUUCUUCUGAUUGAUUAAAAUAAAAUGUAUAUUCUUUCAGCAGAUCCAACUUUUAUUUGUUUCAGCUUUUAUAAUCCAUUAUAAGUAACACACAAAAAAAACAACAAAAAAAACAACAAAAAAAAAACAAAUAAAUACAAUGAUGAUGUAAGUUUUUUUUUGU